AAGGACAAUAAGAUCCAUAUUCUGUUACAAUCACCGUAUCCUGUCCCUGGAAACUUCACAUUCUUUAGCCCAAGUUUGAGGAGGAAUUCUCCACUAAAAGCUGGGCCUGGACGGCUGGACCACUUGUGUUCUAAGACAGUAAAGACCUUCCUUCUUGGCAAAAAAAUUUUCCAUGAAAAUCCCAAACCAAAUAGCUUUUAUGUGUAUGAGGAAAAAAACUCACUUGAAGAAGGGUCUAGCGUUUUCCUGUCCCACGUCAUCUCUAUAGUUACCACAGAACCACAAACUCUUUUCAAGACUAUAGCCAUUGUUUUUCUUUGAUAUAUUGCUUUGCAUUCAGAAAUCAAAAUUGCUUUCUCUUAGGGGCCAUUCAAAAUGUCUGUCUUCCCUCAACACAAGUACCCAUUAAGGUCUUUAAACCAUAUCCACUCGUGCCCCCGCUGCUGCCCUGUUGACGUACUGCGUGUAACAUGUUCAGCCACCACCAAGCCUAGGCUCAACCAGAGCCAACUGGUUGUUGAACCACGGAUUGAGAUGUCUCCUGAUCAGUUGGUUUCACCAGCUUCCCCUCCCUUGCUCAAUGAUCCAAGUUUGCAGUCGACAUUGUCUCACCGGCUUGAACCUGUGUUGGCAGGGUAUGUUGGCUAUGUCCGAGCUGACCUUGGGUCUGGUGUUUACCACUGGGGCAUUGACAAUUAUGGGGAUGCUUCAACUCCAGUUUUUGGUGCUCAGAUUGAAACAUUUCGGGGGCACCAUAAGUGGCCCUGGACAAUCACUAGGCGCCAGUUUGCCAACAAUCUACAUGCCCUGGUUCGUGCCCUAACUUUUUCAGUGCUUCCUACAGACCUUCUCUGCAAUAAUCCUAUCAUUCACGGGUUUGUUGCCUUGUGCUUGGGUUGCAUCAUGUUCAGCCAGCAGUUUCACGCUUGGGCUCAUGGCACCAAGGGGAAGCUUCCUCCACUUGUUGUGGCUCUGCAGGACGUUGCGCUCUUGGAUCAACACAAGGUUUUUGAGGCGCUGGAGAUGGUUCUGUUUUUCAAGCUGGGCGUUAGACCCCGAUCUUGGAGUGAACCCAGCGCUGAAUGGACUGAAGACACCGAAACUGCAUCUCAGGUUGCAGUGCAAUGAUUGUUUCCACUCUUGCUAAAUUCUUUCUUUUCUUUCCCAAUCACGGGCCAACAUUUAAAAGUACAAACAUAUUCCAAUGAUUUGUCUGUCUAAAGUAAUGCUCAGAUAAAUGAAUUGCUUUCCU